ACGUGACAGACUAGAGCUCGUUUCACUACGGAAUGUUUUUGUGGUCGCACGCGCGACCUCAGGCUGCUCUGUUGGGGUAACGGCAUGAAAGUGUGAGGCAGCAGGAGACGCUUGUAGCUUCAUUUUGGGUAAAAAUGGUGGACUGGAGUCCGAUAGCGAAGGUUUACGACCCGCUAAAAGCCGGCAGCAUCGACGGCACGGACGUGGAGCCCCAUGACCGGGCGGUAUGGAGGGCUAUGGGUGCCCGCUACAAGCCCAACAAGGGUGUCAUCGGGGACGCGCUGCUCACGCUGUUUGUGGCCCGGCUGAACCCCCAGACAACCGAGGAAAAACUGUAUCAAGUGUUCUCCAAGUACGGAGACAUCCAGCAGCUCCGGCUGGUCCGGGACAUCAUCACUGGCUUCUCCAAAAGAUAUGCCUUCAUUGAAUACAAGGAGGAGCGGUCUGUUGUCCGGGCCCGCCGGGACGCCAACAAACUGGUGGUGGACCAGCACGAAGUGUUUGUGGAUUUUGAACAGGAGAGGACUCUCAAAGGAUGGGUCCCCCGGCGGCUCGGCGGCGGACUGGGAGGUAAGAAGGAGUCCGGGCAGCUGCGGUUCGGCGGCAGGGACAGGCCUUUCCGUAAACCCAUAAACCUCGGGGUCGGCCUGGUGCAGGAACGGGGAGGAGGUGGCGGGAGGGAGUGGGACAGACAUGGGGCGAGAGACAGAGAGGACCGGGACCGACACAGAGAGGCUGAGUGGGGCAGCAGAGGGAGGAGAGACGACCGGGACAGAGGCAGAGAGAGGGAUGACCGAAGACACGGGGACAGGAGCAGACACCGGGACAGGAGAUGAAGCUAAUAUUUACCGUCCAAAGUACUGACUCUCGCCUGGUUCCACUGAAGCCUUUGACAGAUGUUUUUGAUGCACAGUCCAGCUGCUGCAGCUCCUCGAAUGGACGAAUUUUAAGCCAAGUGGGCAGUGAAGGAAAGUGUUGACUGUUAAGGCCUGUUUGUUUGCAUAUGUAGUGCUGGUCUACUGAAAGAGCAACUGUUACAACAACGGAGGACCUUCUUAUGGUAUCAUGAUAUCAGUUUGGCUUGAUGUUCAUUAGAUGGUGCUGCAUGUCAAUAGGAUGAAUACCUGGACCGAACAUUUUCAGCUGGUGCUCUAUAGUAUUUCAGUGUUUCUCAGGCAAUCUGACUUAGUACAUGCUUUUUCAGUGUAAAUUGAGCAAUAAAAACUGUGUUCCAUA